AUGGGUAUUUUCGAAACGCGCCGUGAGUCUCUUGGACAGCAUUGGCAAGCUGUCCUCUUUGCCAUUCUCGCGGCUGUCGUUUUGACAAAAGCCAUCUCUCGACUCUAUUUCCACCCAUUGGCAAAUAUUCCAGGACCCAAACUCGCUGCCGUGACCUGGCUGUAUGAGUUCUAUUAUGAUAUCAUCAAAGGAGGUCAAGGAGUCUUCCAACUGAAAAAACUCCAUGAGAGAUAUGGUCCGAUAAUUCGAAUCACGCCAAACGAGGUUCAUGUCAACGACCCUAACCUCAUAGAUGUAGUGUACCCCGGAGGAGGCAAGAAAGUCAAUAAAGAUCCAUACUUUGUUGGCAGUUUUGGAGUUCCAGAGUCUUCACUCCUCACCGUAGAACACGAUCUCCAUCGUACCCGAAGAGGAGCUCUCAACCGUUUCUUCUCUAAGAGCUCAGUACGAGAAUCUGAGCCCUUCAUCCAAGACGCUGCUCAAAGGUUCUGCCUGAGGCUGGAGGAGAACUCCGGAAAUGGGCCUGUCACACUUUCAGCUGCGACGUCUAGUUUUAGCACGGAUGUCAUCAACGAACACAACUUCGGCUUCCGAUCAAACUAUCUGGAUGGCGUCAAUUUCAAGCCUAAUCUUCAGAAUGCCCUCGAUGGUUUGUCCAAUUCGCUUCAGCUCAUGAAACAGCUUCCGUGGCUACAUGUCUUGAUGCGGAUGGUUCCUCACUCCCUUUUCAUCCGAUUGAACCCUGAUAUGGCGGAUUACUUCGCUCAUGAGAAUCGCGUUCGCCAACGGAGAGAUGAAGUAAUUACUCGUAUCAAGAAUGAGAAGUUGUCUGAACACCACACCAUAUUCGACGAGCUACUCAGAGGCACACUUCCAGAGGAAGAGAAACGCCCAGAAAGAGUGUUCCAGGAAGGAUUGGUAGCUGUUUCAGCGGCUUCGGAAACGACCGCAUGGACUUUAACUGUCGGGCUUUUCCAUGUCUUGAACCAACCUGAAGUUCUGUCAAAGCUACGCGCCGAAUUGGAAUCCAACAUUCCAGAUGCUUCGGAGCUACCACCGUUAUCAGUGCUAGAGCAGUUGCCGUACCUCAGCGCGACCGUCCAUGAAGCCCUCAGAAGAUCGUAUGGUGUUGCCAGCCGUCUACCGCGAAUUCAACCAGAUCAUUCCGUCUACCUCCACUCCCAUGUAACGAAUCCUGCUACAGGUGUUGAAAAGGAAGUCGAUUACGCUGUCCCUCCUGGCUACGCAGUCUCAAUGAGCUCCGUGCUGGUUCAUACCAACCCAGAAAUCUUCCCCGAGCCAUACACUUUCCAACCAGAGCGCUGGCUGAACGGCGAGGGUGUCCGUCGGAAGGACUUGGACAGAUACCUCUUGAGCUUCUCGAAAGGCACUCGACAAUGUCUCGGUAUCAAUCUUGCAUAUGCGGAGCUGUUUAUCUGUAUUGCUACGAUUGUAUUGCGCCUAGGGAACAGACUAAAGCUCUAUGAGACGACCGAAGAAGACGUAGAGAUCCAGCGCGACUGUUUUGGGCCUCGGCCGAAACAUGGCUCGAAGGGGGUCAGAGUUCUGGUGAAGUAG